CCCUUCUAUUGGCUAAUAUGCUAAAGAGACGGGACAGGUCAUGAGCUGCAAAAUGGGUGACGCUAACGAGCGCUUCUGGAGGCCUCCCCGGAGCUGCGAGCAUUACUGGGCUGAGUGGAAGCACUGCCGGACGGUGAGGAACUUCCUGCACCACUACUACACGUACGGGGAGACCCCGGCCUGUGACCAGUGGAAACGAGAUUACAGACACUGCCGGCAGUGGGAGGAGAGCGGGAGCCCGGAGGCCAAGCAGUGCCUCUGCAAGAGUGAGCAAGCCCGCAUCCUGGCCAAGCAGAAGCAUGCCCCAGUGUGGCACAUGAGGCAGAGCCCUCCCAGGGACUGGCACCUGCCUCUGCCCGGGGAGGAGAAAUCCAAGUGAGGGGCCACGCCAUGCAGGAGACGGGCUGAUGUCAUCGAGGAGGCCGCGGCCACCCGGCUUCUCCUGCUCCCCGUGCCCAGCUGGCCGGCCCUACCACCUCAGAGUUAAGCAUGGCAUCCCGUGUGCCCUCAGAAGAGAUCCGGAGCCACGAGCCAGCCCCUGCCCAGUUAGCUGGUGGUCAACACGUUCUUCAGACAGCACAAUUUACCGUCCCCUCUCCCCCACUCCUGGGGAAAAGGCAUCCAGAAUACCAGGGUCUUGUGUUCUGGGGACAUCAGAAUGCCCCUCGCCUCACACGUAUGUGUGAAGUGACCUGGCGUUACCUCUAGGGCGCCUCCUGUCCUCAUCUGGCGUGAUGCUUGCUCAGGCUUGGGACCACUGCCAGGCCCUGCCUGCCCCCUCUAGCCUGGGCACCCAGCACCUGCCUCUGCUCCUUGGGGCGCUUUGAGCUGCCCUCCCUCCCCUGGCAUCAUCAGAUGCGGGCAGAGGAGGCAAGCCUAGACCGCCACGCUUUGCUGAGAGGUGCAUAUGUACUUCAUGCUCUGGAGAAGGACCCUCCCGAAGAGCCGGGCUUUUCACAACAGAUUUUAAACAAAAAUUGAAAAUAAACCCAUCCCCAUCCAA